CACUGCUCAGGGGGCCGGCUGUGAAUUGACGUGGCAUGGAAAAUCUCAGCUAAGUUUGUAGCUCUUGCUACGUUCCUGUUAAAGAAGCACCACGCUCGUUGAGUUGGGAGCCUGGAUUCACUCUCUGGGCCGGGAUAUAAAAUGGAUAGGAGAUCCCCUCAUUUUCUAAUUCGGGGGCUAAAUGUCGUUCCCCCCCCUUCGGCUUUAUGGCUGAAAGCAAACAAAAUCUAAAACAGAUUUUUGGUAACAUUUUUCUCCAGCCGGAGAAAGAGGAUUUUCCAGCACUCUCCAUUCCUGCCUCUCGCCCCUGUUUCUGCACCUUUACUCCUCUUUUUUUUUGCAGACUUUGCCAUGGGGUGCGGACUAAGGAAACUCGAAGAUCCGGAUGACAGCAGCCCGGGAAAGAUAUUUUCAACACUGAAGAGACCUCAAGUAGAAACAAAGACAGACUGUGCUUACGAGUACAUAUUGCUAGAUUUUACAUUGGAAGGUUCCUCGAAUCCAGAUGUUAUCAAGAUCAGCUCUGUGCUGGAUAUUGCAAAAAAGGUAGAGGAUUAUUACACUAAAGGUUAUGUGGUAGGAGCCAUUCACCCCGUUUUACUAUCAGCUGGACGAAGAAAGCACUUCCCAGCAAGUCAUUUAUACAGAGUUGUCCUGUGGCGUCUCAAAUUAAGCCCGAAGCAUUCAGCAUCCAGAGCACACAGGCAACCCAAGCUUGUGAUCGAGGAGUGUCCUUUGGCGUACGAAACCCUCACAAACGAGGAGGUGAAGGGUCUGUUAGAGAAGAUCAAUGAUGCUGCCAAGAGAGGGAUGAAGUUUGUGGGCUUUAUAACACAGCCAAGCCCUCAGUCUCAAGUCUGCAAUGGCACCAGCCCAGAUGGAAGCAUGGAGCCUGAUCCGACACCGCGCAGGAGGAGCCAGGAACAGCAGAGACCCGGCUCCGACGAAAACCUCAAGAACUGGAACGGAGGGACGCUGAGCGGUCAGUCCUCCGAGAGUGGGAUCGAAGAAGAAAUUCAUCCCGACAGCCGACCGUGUCCCGAUUCUGACUUUCAAGAUGGAAGAGAAGGCAGCCCUGGGCCUAUGAAAUUAAGGAAAGGAGAAGAUAACAAACUGUAUACUGUCUUCAACGUGUUUGAGGAUGAUUCUACCUGCUGGACGUAUCACGACGGUGUUUUAUCUCUCAAAGUGACAAGGAAAGGCCCCGUGAUUAGUACUCUGGAUGCCGAUUGGCUAGAAUUAACCACGUAUUAUUACAAACAAGGACUGUCGUUAAUCGACUCGUUUGUAUACUGGGAGGCUUCUAAAGUUGAUCACCUAUCCAAAUCGUUAGAAGGCUUGUUUAUAUAUGAAGAGGAAGGCUCGGGAGUCCCAGGUUCCAACAGGAAAGGAAAUGAUACAAUAGUCGUAGAACAGUGGACUGUCAUUGAGGGCAGUGAGAUCAAAACAGAUUAUGGUCCUCUGUUGCACACGUUGGCUGAGUUUGGCUGGCUUUUAACAUGUGUAUUGCCUACUCCGAUCAUCCGACUGGACAGGUGCUACUGGACUGGGAUUUUUUCGUUGAUGUAUUCUUUUCCUUUAGUGAUCGACUCGUUUGACCAAAGGUCUCAA